AAAAUGAGGUCACCACUCUGUGUUAUCGUGUAAUCGAAACCCUCGUCCUCACUUCAUCACAGCCUAAUCGUGGAAAGCAGCAGAAGGAAGAAGACAUUGCAACAGAUCUUUUUCCAGAAGGAUCAGUAAAUCGUUUCUAUGAAUUCCUAUCCUUUUGCGCGAAAUUUCAGUGAGCUGCCAAUUUGUUUUUGAAUUUUGAUUAUUUAUGGUGGUGUCAGUUAUGGCACUGCACGACUGAGAUGCAUGUCAUGAAGUGAAUCCAAAUUGGAAAUGUUGUGUGAUGGCGGCGGUUGAUUUGUGUUUUGUUGAUUUCGAGUAUUGGGGAGGUUGAUUGGACAUAAACCUUGGAACGGGAUAGCAGAGCAGUAUGGCUCAGCAGCAAUCGUCACGGCUCAAUCGCCUGCUAACUUUGUUGGACACGGGGUCAACCCAAGCAACAAGGUUAACAGCAGCCAAACAGAUUGGGGAAAUAGCCAAAUCACAUCCUCAGGACUUGAAUUCUUUGUUAAGUAAGGUUUCACAAUAUCUACGAAGCAAAAAGUGGGACACCAGGGUUGCUGCUGCUCAUGCCAUUGGGGCAAUUGCAGAGAAUGUAAAGCAUACAUCUCUGACUGAUUUAUGUGAUUCUGUUGAGAAGAAAAUGAUAGAAUCUGGGGUUUCUGGUUCUGUUGAAGAUUUAGUAGCAUGGGAUAAAUGUAAUCCUAAACUUGCAGGAAGCACUUCAUUUGGAAGCUUUGAUUUAAACAAAGUACUGGAAUUCGGUGCUCUAUUGGCAUCUGGGGGACAGGAGUAUGAUCUUCCAGCUGACAACAGCAAGAACCCAAAGGAGAGAUUGGCUCGACAGAAACAAAAUCUACGACGCCGAUUGGGGCUAGAUGUGUGUGAGCAGUUCAUGGAUGUCAAUGAAAUGAUAAGAGAUGAGGACCUGGUGAUGCAGAGAGUUAAUUCCCCAGUUACUAGUGUUUCUUCUCAUUAUUAUUCACCAAGGCCCCAAGGUAAUAUAAGGCACUUUGUUGCAAACAUGGUACCAAGUGCCAAAUCUCGGCGGCCAAGUGCCAGGGAACUAAAUCUAUUAAAGAGAAAGGCAAAAGUUAGUUCAAAAGACCAGACAAAAGGGUGGUCCAAGGAUGGAGAACCAGAUGCUCCCCAACCACAAGAUAUGACUUCACCGAGGGGCAUCCAAUCUGAUGCAUCGGGCUCUAAUAAGAUGCAUCUGGAUACUGUGUCUGAUGAAGAUGGUCUAGAGAGUGAUGCAGAUGGGUGUUGGCCCUUUCAAUGUUUUGUUGAACAACUCAUGGUUGAUAUGUUUGAUCCUUUAUGGGAGAUUCGUCAUGGCAGUGUAAUGGCAUUAAGAGAGAUAUUAACCCAUCAAGGUGCAAAUGCUGGAGCUAUUAUGCCUGAUCGCAGCGGUGAUGUUGGAUUAGGUUCUAUUUUAAAAGACAGGGUUGUUGAAAAGCAGGAAAGUGUAAUUGAUUUGAAUAUACAAGUUCCACUUGAUGAAUCUGAGCCAGCUUUUAAGAAGCCUAAGAUUGAAGAUGCAUCACCUCUUGUGAUGGAUACAAUUCCUUCUGCCAGCAUGGUUGGUAACAUUGACAAUAUUCAAGUGAAAGUCGAAGAUGUUGGAUUGAAUUUGCCAGUAAGGCAGGAAAAUGGUGAAGUUAAUGUUGGCUCUGUGAAGAUGGAGAUUCAGUCUAAUUCCAAUAGUGAAAGUUCUUUCAAUAAUUAUAUGGUGGAGGCAAAGAGCUCCUGUGAGGACAAUAUUUCCUUAGAAAAGAUGGAUCUACCAAGAAAUCUUCCAGAAAAUUGUGAGCUGAUGAACUUGGUUAAAUUGGCUAGGCAUUCUUGGCUUAAAAAUUCUGAAUUUCUUCAAGACUGUGCAAUUCGUUUCUUGUGUAUAUUGUCACUGGACCGUUUUGGGGACUAUGUUUCUGAUCAAGUUGUUGCACCUGUUCGAGAAACAUGUGCUCAAGCAUUAGGUGCUGUGCUUAAGUACAUGCAUCCUACUUUAGUGUACGAGACACUAAGUAUCUUGCUGCAAAUGCAGCAUAGACCGGAGUGGGAGAUUCGUCAUGGUAGCCUCUUGGGGAUCAAGUAUCUAGUUGCCGUGCGUAAGGAAAUGCUUCAUGAUUUGCUUUGCUAUGUUCUCCCAGCAUGUAAAAGUGGGCUUGAGGAUGCUGACGAUGAUGUUCGAGCAGUGUCUGCAGAUGCUCUAAUACCAACUGCAGCUGAUAUUGUUUCAUUAAAAAGUGAAAUAUUGCAUUCUAUUGUUAUGCUGCUCUGGGAUAUUUUACUUGACCUAGAUGAUUUAAGCCCAUCUACUAGCAGUGUAAUGAAUUUAUUGGCGGAAAUUUAUUCUCAAGAGCGGAUGAUUCCAAAUGGCUAUGGGAACCUGCCAUCAUUGGAGAAACAAGAUCUCAAUCUGAAUGAAGUUGUUUAUCAAAAUGACAUUGGAGAAGGGUUAAGUUCUUUAGAGAAUCCCCAUAUGCUGUCAACUCUGGCACCAAGAUUGUGGCCAUUUAUGAGACAUAGUAUCACAUCUGUCCGUUAUGCAGCCAUCCGCACUUUGGAGCGUUUGCUAGAAGCUGGGCGCAAGAGGAGCUUAUGUGAAGCUUCUGGCUCUUUCUGGCCUUCAUUUAUUCUGGGUGAUACCCUCCGGAUUGUUUUUCAGAACUUACUGCUUGAAUCGAAUGAAGAGAUUUUGCAGUGCUCGGGUAGAGUUUGGAGGCUUCUUCUCCAGUGCCCAGUGAAUGACUUGACGGAUGCUGCAAAGGCAUAUUUUUCUUUUUGGAUAGAAUUAUCAACUACUCCUUAUGGUUCACCUCUGGAUACUACAAAAAUGUUUUGGCCAGUGGCCCUUCCUCGUAAAAGUCACUUUAAAGCAGCUGCGAAGAUGAGAGCUGUGAAGCCUGAAGGUGACCCCUACAAAAACAUUUGCUUUGGUUCAGCCGAAGGUACUAGUUUACAGGAGAAAAAUGGGGACACUUCCACCCACAUUGGAAAGAUAAUUGUUGGUGGUGAUGUGGACAUAUCAGUUACCCAAACACGUGUUGUUACUGCCACGGCAUUGGGUGUUUUAGCUUCUAAGUUGGAUGAUUCUUCUCUUCAGUAUGUUGUUGACCCGUUAUGGAAUGCACUUGCCUCUUUCUCUGGCGUUCAAAGACAGGUAUCUUCAAUGCUGUUAGUUUCAUGGUUCAAAGAGUUGAAAUUCAAGGACAUAUCAAAGUCCGAGGGAGUUAUUACCUGCAUUUCAAGUAAUUUUGGGGAAAGGUUGUUAGAUUUGUUAGCUUGCACAAACCCUGCAUUUCCAUCAAAAGAUUCAGCUCUUCCAUAUGCUGAACUUUCUAGGACAUAUGAGAAAAUGCGCAAUGAGGCUCGUCAGCUGUACCAUGGUACCGAGGCAUCUGGAAUGUUUAAAGAUAUAUUGUCAUCCUCUAUGCUUGACCUGGAAAGUUUGAGUGCAGAUGAUGCAGUGAAUUUUGCAUCUAAACUUUCCUUCUUAAAUAAUAUUACCACUGGGGAAGAGUCUGCAGGACGGAGUAUUUUUGAUGAAUUAGAGUCGCUGAAACAAAGAGUUCUGACAACUGCUGGAUAUUUGAAGUGUGUUCAGAAUAAUUUGCAUGUUACUGUCUCAGCUUUGCUAGCCGCUGCUGUUGUUUGGAUGUCUAACCUUCCGGCUAAACUCAACCCAAUUAUUUUACCUUUAAUGGCAUCUAUCAAAAGAGAACAGGAGGAAAUACUACAAAGUAAGGCAGCUGAAGCUCUGGCAGAGCUCAUCUAUUGUUGUAUGGGCCGUAAACCUGGACCUAAUGAUAAGUUAAUCAAGAAUCUUUGUAGUUUGACAUGCAUGGAUCCUUGUGAGACCCCUCAAGCUGGAGUUCUGAAUUCUAUUGAAAAAAUUGAAGAGCAAGGUCUUCUGUCCUUCAGAAGCAGUAAUAACAGGCAGAAAUCAAAAGUUCAUAUGCUCUCCCCUGGUGAUGAUCGAUCAAAGGUUGAGGGCUUCAUUAGCAGACGAGGAGCUGAGCUUGCUUUGAAAUGUUUAUGUGAGAAAUUUGGUGGUUCGUUGUUUGACAAACUUCCUAAACUUUGGGAUUGCCUGGUAGAAGUCUUAAAGCCUGGAAAUGUUGAGCGUUUGAACCCAGAAGAUGAGAAACUUAUAUCUGAAGCUAUAGAUUCUGUAACUGAUCCUCAAAUUUUGAUAAAUAAUAUUCAGGUGGUCCGUUCCAUUGCUCCUUUAUUGGAUGAGACAUUGAGAUCGAAACUUCUCACACUCCUUCCAUGUAUCUUUAGAUGUGUUUGCCAUCCUCAUGUGGCUGUGAGAUUAGCUGCAUCUAGAUGUAUCACAACGUUGGCCAAAUCUAUGGCAGUGAAUGUGAUGAGUGCAGUAGUUGAAAAUGUCGUCCCUAUGUUAGGAGAUAUGACCUCAGUUCAUUCUAGACAAGGGGCUGGCAUGCUUGUCAACUUGCUAGUUCAGGGACUUGGUGUGGAGCUGGUUCCUUAUGCUCCUCUUUUAGUAGUUCCUCUUUUGAGAUGCAUGAGUGAUUCUGAUCAUUCUGUGAGACAGAGUGUAACACAUAGUUUUGCCACACUUGUACCUUUGCUUCCAUUAGCACGUGGUGUUUCUCCCCCUGCUGGCCUCAGUGACCGUUUAUCCAGGAAUCAAGAAGAUGUAAAAUUUUUGGAGCAACUGGUUGACAACUCACACAUUGAUGAUUACAAGCUCUCAACUGAACUAAAAGUGACUCUUCGAAGGUAUCAACAGGAAGGUAUUAACUGGUUAGCAUUUUUGAAGAGAUUUAAUCUCCAUGGCAUCUUAUGUGAUGACAUGGGGCUUGGCAAGACCCUUCAGUCAUCAGCCAUUGUGGCAUCUGAUAUUGCAGAGCAUGUUGCUGCAAAUACUGCUGAGAAUCUCCCACCAUCUCUUAUAAUAUGUCCAUCGACUCUUGUUGGUCACUGGGAAUAUGAGAUAGAGAAGUUUAUUGAUGCUUCUCUAGUAACUACCCUCCAAUAUGUUGGUUCUGCUCAAGAGCGCACAUCUCUCCGGUCUCAGUUUAAUAGAUAUAGUGUUAUUGUUACAUCAUAUGAUGUUGUCCGCAAAGAUGUUGACUCUCUUAGACAAGUCUUUUGGAACUACUGUAUUCUAGAUGAGGGACAUAUCAUAAAGAAUGCAAAGUCAAAAGUCACUCUUGCUGUGAAACAAUUGAAGGCACAACACCGUCUCAUAUUGAGUGGUACUCCAAUCCAGAACAAUGUACUGGAUUUGUGGUCUCUUUUUGACUUCCUCAUGCCAGGAUUCCUGGGAACAGAGAGACAAUUCCAUGCUUCCUAUGGAAAGCCACUGAUAGCUGCCAGGGACCCCAAAUGUUCAGCCAAGGAUGCUGAAGCAGGAGCACUUGCAAUGGAAGCAUUGCAUAAGCAGGUGAUGCCUUUCCUUCUUCGGCGAACAAAGGAAGAAGUUUUAUCCGAUUUGCCAGAGAAGAUUAUCCAAGACAGAUACUGUGACUUGAGUCCUGUUCAGCUAAAACUUUAUGAACAGUUUUCUGGUUCAGAUGUUAAGCAAGAAAUCUCCAGCAUGGUGAAGGUCAAUGAAUCUGAUACUGGACAAGGAAGUGAAGCACCCAAAGCAUCUACUCAUGUUUUCCAGGCACUCCAGUAUUUGUUAAAACUUUGUAGUCAUCCUCUUUUAGUGCUUGGCGAAAAAAUUUCAGAAUCUGUCUCAUCAGUUCUAUCAGCGUUUCUUCCUAAUGGCUCCAAUAUUGUCUCCGAACUCCAUAAACCUCAUCACUCUCCUAAACUGGUUGCCCUCCAGGAGAUUCUUGAAGAGUGUGGAAUUGGAAUUGAUGCUUCAGGUUCAGACAGCCCUGUUAAUGUUGGGCAGCAUAGAGUAUUGAUAUUUGCACAGCAUAAAGCGUUUCUGGACAUCAUUGAGAAGGAUUUGUUUCAUUCUCAGAUGAAGAAUGUCACAUAUUUGCGGUUGGAUGGAUCGGUUGAACCAGACAAACGCUUUGAAAUUGUGAAAGCCUUUAAUUCUGACCCUACAAUUGAUGUCUUACUCCUUACAACACAUGUUGGUGGGCUUGGUUUGAACCUGACAUCGGCUGAUACUCUUGUAUUUAUGGAGCAUGACUGGAAUCCAAUGCGUGAUCAUCAGGCAAUGGACAGAGCUCAUAGGUUGGGCCAGAAAAAAGUGGUCCAUGUCCAUCGUCUCAUAAUGCGAGGGACCUUGGAAGAGAAAGUAAUGAGCCUCCAGAGGUUCAAAGUGUCUGUUGCUAAUGCUGUGAUUAAUUCAGAGAAUGCUAGUUUGAAGACCAUGAAUACAGACCAGCUGCUUGAUCUCUUUACACCAGCAGAUGGCAAAAAGGCUCCGAAUGUAUCCCAGAGUAGUGAUGACAAAUUUGAAGGGGACCCAAAAUUGACACGUGGUGGGAAGGGAUUAAAAGCCAUUCUUGGAGGAUUGGAAGAACUUUGGGAUCAAUCACAGUACAGUGAAGAGUAUAACCUGAGCCACUUUUUAGCCAAGCUAAAUGGUUGAAUCCGACUAGCCCCGCUCUGCGUAUAUGUUUUUUAUUGGCAGUAUGCGAGAGCCAACAAAGGUACACUACUGUCUUCUAUGGCUAAUUUGGAGAUAAGCACUGAUUUUUAUCUUCAUUCAUGCCUUGUACAAAGUGUAUAUUCCUGGAGUCGUGGCCAAAAAUUUUGAAGAUUAGUGCUAGUAGUUUGUUUCUUUAAAUUUUUUUCCUUCUCGACAUGCAAUCAAUCAAUCAAAUUUUGAGGCUGCUAACUUAGACAUGUCCAUGAUUUGGAGAGCACUUUGUGGUUUAGUUGGAGCAGGCAGACACAUAGGGGAGGGAAUUUUUGUAAAUUUUUUGAAUUCUAUCUUGUAUAUACAUUGAGGAGUUUAAUUUUAUUUGUUUCAAAAAAGAAGGGGGAAAAAAAAACAAAAUUGUCUUGAUAUGAAGCUUGCUGAAAUGAUUUGUUUUUGUUGCCUUGUAUCUUCCGAAUUCUAGUUGAAUUUAUGCUUUGUUACACUUUCAAA